UUUGCGGACGUAGAGUUCGGAUUGGUCAAUUUAUUUUUUGCGUGCAGUUUUAAGCAACACCUGUGACUCACUGAGUUUUCCGUGUUGUGUUCUUCAGCCCUUUGGCUUCUGGUUUUGUGGUGCCUAGAGCCUAUUGUUUUCUGUCUCCGUGGCCUCGGUCUUAGCUUAGACAACAUUGUCUAAAGGUGUGAUGGAUGUGAGUAAAUUUAGUUUCAAGCAUAUGUUCAAGCUGGAAGGCAGGACUAAUACCAAGUCCCCAAAGGUCAUCAUAGUGCCUUCUUUGGGGAACAGAGUUGAUUUUGAUUACAUUUUCUUAAGCCAGAGUGGUUCAUUUAAAAGUAGAGUUUUAAAAAGUUCCUUGACAUCUAUUGGGGUCACCAUAGUAAUAAUGUUAAUAAAUGUUUAUGGUGUUUAUAUAUUGGAAGAAUGCAAGGACAGGUGACUCACAGAGGUAUGAUUUCAUAUAGCAAUCUGUCAGGUUUUUUUUUUUUUUAGUUUUUUAUAUUUUGUGGUGGUCUUCUCAUAUUAAAAGUGCUUUUUGAGGUGUGCUAAUCAUUUAUUAUUUUGGUAAUAGACCUGGUGUAAGAUAUUCCAGAGUUGUCUAUUUGGACAUUUGGAAGCGAUUUCGAACAAAUCACAUUUAAAUCCAAAUUGUGUAGUAUAAUGUGGAAGUGCUGGUAAAGGUGACUAGUUUAUAUUUUUUUUUUUUCUUUUUUUUUUCCGGAGCUGGGGACUGAACCCAGGGCCUUGCGCUUGCUAGGCAAGUGCUCUACCACUGAGCUAAAUCCCCAGCCCCUAUAUUUAAGUUUGGAAUCUAAGGUAAAAACACAAAACUCCAUUUCUUUUGUUGUUUUCUAUGAAGGCUUACAAGCUUUUUAUUAUGGGAUGUGCUUGAAGAGUAUUCUGCUUUAUUUCCAUGCUAGGGUAAAUGAGAAAAAUACUUUGAGUAAAAACACAAGUUUAUUUUAUUUUCAAACAUUUAAAUUAUGAAAUGAUUAAAAUAUGUCCUAAUUUAAUGAAAAGUUAGGCACAUGUUUUAUUUAGAUAUUACACAUUUUCUUGGUAAUAGCAAUAGUAAUGGCUAAAAUUAACUAAAUACUAUGUGCUAAACACCGUGCCAAGUGGUAAUUUCCCUUAAUUUAUACAAUUCCAAGGAAUGUAACUAUUUUAACUGCUUUGUUAGCCAAGGCUUAGAGAAUCUAAGAACUCUCUAAGUUUAGUAUCAUAUAGCUAGUAAAUGGCUGAACCAUAUUUUCAAUCCUUAUCCCAUUGUUUUAAAAUGAGUUGAGAAUUCAAGAAAGACACUUAAAUCUGAGUGUGAAUAACAGUAGAAAAUACCAUAUAGUAUGGUAGAGGGCUGGAGAGGUUAGGAGCACUCAGAUGAUCCAUAUGGUGGGUCACAACCAUCUGUAACUCUAGUUUUCUGGUAUCUAACAUCCACUUCUGACUUCUCUGGGCACAAGGCACACAUGGUGCACAUAUACACACAAGCAGAAUACUCAUACACAAAAAAAUAAAUAAAACUUAAAAAAAAACACAUUUAGGUGCACUCAGCCCUUAAGGUCACACAUGCUAAGUCCCAUUGUGAUAUCAGAGUUGGAAAGAGACAGCACCUGUUGGGGACAAGCUGCUUGAGGUCCACUUAAAGGGAAGUGAGUGAUUUAUGCUCCAGAAAGAAAUGCUAGAGUUACUGGGCCAGAGAGUUGAGAUGGAUUAGAAAGUGGCAGUAACUACAGCAAGAGGAACAACUUAUUACGGCUGUGACUUCUUUUGGACAACUCAUGAUAUUUAUUAUUGUGCCAAGUUUCUACAGAUAAAAGAUGGGUGGAUUAUUUUCUCGAUGGAGGGCAAAACCUUCAACAGUAGAAGUUCUAGAAAAUAUAGAUAAGGAAAUUCAAGCAUUGGAAGAAUUUAGAGAAAAAAAUCAGAGAUUGCAAAAAUUAUGGGUUGGAAGAUUAAUUAUCUAUUCUUCAAUUCUUUAUCUGUUUACAUGUUUAAUUGUGUACUUGUGGUAUCUUCCUGAUGAAUUUAUAGCAAGACUUGUCAUGACACUCCCAUUCUUUGCUUUUCCUUUGAUCAUCUGGACAUUAAGAACUGUGCUUAUUUUCUUCUUUUCCAAGAGAACAGAGAGAAAUAAUGAAGCAUUGGAUGAUUUAAAAUCCCAGAAGAAAAAGAUACUUGAAGAAGUCAUGGAAAAAGAAACUUAUAAGACAGCAAAAUUAAUUCUUGAAAGGUUUGAUCCAGACUCAAAGAAAGCAAAGGAGUUUGAGCCGCCAUCUGCUGGAGCAGCUGCAACUGCAAAGCCAGGACAAGAGAUUCGUCAGCGAACUGCAGCUCAAAGAAACCUUUCCCCAGCACCAGCAAACUCUAAUCAGGGUCCUCCUCCACAAGUUCCAGUAUCUCCUGGGCCAUCAAAGGACGCUUCAGCUCCUGGGGGACCGCCAGAAAGGACUGUUGCUCCAGCCUUACCCAGGCGCCUUGGAUCCCCUGCUACUUCAGUUCCUGGAAUGGGCCUUCAUCCUCCAGGCCCACCUUUAGCAAGACCCGUUCUCCCCCGAGAACGAGGUGCUCUGGAUAGAAUUGUUGAAUAUUUAGUUGGUGAUGGCCCACAGAACAGGUACGCCCUCAUAUGUCAGCAGUGUUUUUCUCACAAUGGUAUGGCUUUGAAGGAAGAAUUUGAAUAUAUUGCUUUUCGAUGUGCCUACUGUUUUUUCUUGAAUCCUGCAAGAAAAACGAGACCUCAAGCCCCACGGCUUCCAGAGUUUAGUUUUGAGAAGAGGCAGGCAGUAGAAGGCUCAAGUUCAACUGGUCCCAUGUUACUAGAAAGUGUGCCCUCACCAGAAAACCAGCUCACUGAAGGAGGAACAAUACCUCAGAUGUCUCAUUUUCUAUCUGAAAUCUCCGGAAUGAAGUCUAACUGGCUCAAAGUGAACCCCAGUAAGACUCUUUAGAAGAACAAGAUGAUCUUGAUAAUAGUACUGAGCAGAAAGAUGACAAAAUACCAGUUACAGAGCAGACAAACCAAGUGAUUGAAGAAACAUCUGGUCCAGAGGGGUCAGAAGAGAACCAAGAAGAGACUGAGAACGAGGAAACAUCGACAAAUGAAGCCAAGUCACCUGUUCUCAGAUCUGAUUCUGUUUCUAAUCUUGAACUGAGUGAAGACUCUGUGGUGACAAAGUAGUAAAUACUUCCCUGUGCCUUCAACUGGAUAUUUGUAGUCACGUUGACCUCAGUUACUGCUUUUUUUGUGGUACUCAAGAAAAAUUUGCUCUCUAGAUAUACUUUUAAUAUUCAUAAUGAGAUUGCCCUGCAAGUUCAGUGUAUCCCAGCCCUACCAUUAGGUAUUGAAAGUAAAAGCACAUGGUAUCAGUUAAUGUGCAGAGACAUGGCUGAUAGAUGCUUUGUGCAUUCUAAAGUUUAAAAAGAAACUUGUUGUCUACACGUAUAACCUGUAAAUAAUACCGGUUUUGACAUAGGAACAAAUUUGGCUAGGAAUAAUUUUUUCCAUAGUGUUUAAGGAUUGAAACAUAAUUAAGAUUUUGAAUACUUCACCAGUAAAUUUUAACUUUGGAGAUAUUUGCCAGCGGGAAGGAAAUAUCUAUUUAGGUGUUUACAUUAAGUGAUGCUGAAAGCUGUAACCUUAAUUACAUAUGCAUUGGUACGAAUUCUCAAUAAGAACGCAACUCAACAGUCAAGUGCAGUAUUUCUUUGAUGUCUUUUAUUUUACAACUGGGCCAAAGGCACAUGAUGUAUAUAGUUAGUUUAUGUUUACAUAUUAAUAGGAAAUACAUCUGCACUUGACUGUACUUGAAUUCUUGGUAUUAUUUAUAUUUGUAAUAUAAUGAUGAUAUAUAAAUGGCUUUUAUGUGUGUGUGUGUAUGUUUUGUUAAGGAAAAUAAAGACGACCUGGCAGCGUCUUUUCUUUGUUAAAUCUCUAGACUUCUUCACAUAGUGUCUUGAUGGAUAACUUGGCUAUCUGAAAAAACAGUCUUGGUAGGGAGAAGUCACUGUGUGAUAAAUAUAUAACAAAUUAUGUUCUUCUUUUCAUUUAGACUUUCAAAAUCGGUGACAUAAGAGGUUUAGUGUUUCUAAUCAGAAGUUAAAUUUUUCUGAUUUUGAAACAUAUUAUGUCAUAGGUAGUUUCUAACUUUGAGAGAAAUAGAUACAGUUUUGAAGACAAGGCAGUUAAAUUUAAUGAAACUCACUAGAUAUGUAUACCAAUCAUCAGGUGGGAAGAUUCUUGAUGUAACUAUUCUUAAACAUAAUAUGAUAAUUUGUCCUAGUUUCCUUUAUGUGUCUUAUAUUGAAACAGCUGAUGUGAAUUUACAUCAUAGGGGAGACAUGUUACGAUAGUGUAUCUGGCUAAUCUUUUGGCUAUUGAAUGUUUAUUUAAACUAAAUAUACUUAUCAUUUAAAAGUUUAUAUUUAUAAUUUAAUACUUCAUCUGACAUAUAUAAAAGAACCCUGUUUGUUACUAUUCUGAGGCAUUUUAGUUUGGUGCCCAUAAAUUCAAGCAUGUGGAACUGGACUUGAAUGUCAGCUUUGCACUCUUGGGCAAACUUCUCUGCAUUUAUUUAAUUUAAUCUGUAAAGUGAAAAGAAUAAUAUGUUUUCCAUAGGUACUGGGAAGUUAAAAAUAAUUUAUAUGAUGUGCCUAGCUUUCUUGCUGGAUAAUUAAUAGAUAGUAGGUUUCAUGGUAGAAUUUAUUACUAUUAUUAUGGAAGGGCCAUAGAUCCUUUUUUUGGUAGAUAAGAAAGAAAACUAUGAACAUUCAAUUCAGUUGCUCUGAACAGAAAAUUUCUGCAUUAAUGUCAUAUGCAUGUGUCAAUGACAGAUUAAAGAGAUGGAGAACUGAAACUAGAAUAUAAUCUUCUAAAAAACGAGAUGUGUUUAUUUUCAUUUUAUGAGUAUAAAUGUUUCCCUUGCAUAAAUGUCUGUCUCCAGUGUGUCUGCAGGUAUCUGGAGGUCAGAUACCUGGGUCGUUUGAGAUGAUAAUUACAGAUCAAACUUGGCUACAAGAGCAGGAAGGGCCCUUAGCCACUAAGCCACUUCUCCAGCUUCAUGUGACCUUUCUGUUUGUAAAUUUUACUAGGGGUGUGUGUGUGUGUGUGUGUGUGUGUGUGUGUGUGUGUGUGUGAGAGAGAGAGAGAGAGAGAGAGAGGACCUUGUUAGGAGUUAAAAAUGCCUGAUAUGCACUGCUCAAAAAUGAAUACCUCAGAGAAAUGGAAUUUAAUGAUGAAACCAAGAAGAUAUAAAAACAUCCCCCAAAAGAAAUGUAACAGGGGAGGAAGCUAGAGAGGGGGCUCAGUGUUAAGAAUGACAGCUGGAGGGCUCCCUCCCUCCUGUAGCUCCAGGUCUAGAUCUGAUGCCUUCUACCUGGCCUCCUUAUAAGACACUAGCCUAAUGUGCAUUCUCAUCCCCACGGAUACACAUAACUACAAAUAAAAAAAUCCAAAUCUUAAAAGGAGCUCAGUAAAAUUAGCACAACAGAGGCAAUUGUCGGUGUAUUUAAAACAGACUCCUCUUCUGAUGUUAUAGUAGACAAUGGCUGAAGUGAAUGAGACCCCACAUUUCCGACUACUAAGAUUAUUUGAAGGGACUGCCCUGUCCACAAAUGCUCAGCUUGUCGUCAUGUCCUCAGUGUGGGCUGCAGACAGAGCUUAGCUUCCCUUUCUGUCUCUCCUACCCACAUCCUUCUCCUGUGGCUCUGGGACUCUCGUCUCAGGGAUGUGCCUAUGCUUUGCCCGUUCUACCUCAAGUGUCAGCUUAACUUUUUUUGUUUGACAGAUACCCUCUUCUUCUCCCUGUCUGAAGCUAACCCUCUGCCUUUUAGUCCUGUUUUGGGUCACUUUAUCUUUGCUCUGAAUUCUUACUGCAAGGGUAUUUUGUUUUCCCAUCAACUGUCUUCACGAUUUGCUUUUCUUCUGUCUGUAUGUGGAGAGCCUAGCAGUGCCCUGCUUAUAUCUCAUGUGACUACUCGGUACUUAGCCAUGCUCUUGCUUGGCAGAGUGGCUUGGCUGAGUGUUCUUUUUCUCUGAGACACCUUCAUCCUUUAGGUUCUGGAUGUGCACUGCCGUUAUCUUCUCUGGCUUCUUGUUUUCAGUGUCCCUUGAAGACUUCCUCUGCCAUGUUUAAAUGUUGGUGUUCUCUGGCUUCCACCUGUUGUAGUUCUUAUGCUACACAUUCAUUCUCUGGGAGCUCUCAUCAGUGCCCAGGGCCUUAGUAACCACUGUCUGUAUGAAUUCAGAUCUCUGGCUUGGUGUUUCUUUGGCUUCAUAGCUGUGUAUUUUACCCAUCUACUGCCAUGAUGUUGUGAAGUCAGUAUUUUUUUAAAAAGAACACUUGCUCAAACUUGUUUGUCAUUUUACCAAAUAGUGUAAGUAUUCAAGCCAGAACUUAAAAUAUAGUCCCUCUUUCCCUCUGUCUUCAAAGUGUUCAUUCCCACUUUCUCCCCCUAUAUCCCAGUAGAAUAUUGCAAUGUAGCCCAGCUUGGGCUUAACUUUGUGACUUAAGGCCUCAGAUUCCUGGGUGCUGGAAUCAUUCCCAAGAAGUGCUGUGCCUUGCUCUCCUCUGAACAUUUACGUUUAUAUUAUUUGUCCAUUUUGUUUGGAUUAUAUUCACAUAAAUCUGUGUUGUUUCAGUAAACUACAUGCGCCUUCUGUAUGUAUGUUUAUACACAAUUUUGUUUGGGGGGGGCAGUUCUAUGGGGAUUUUGUAUCUUAAGUAUGGAUAUGAAACAAGAUGUCGGGAGAAUAAGCAGCUUUCUUAGAGGUCCAUAUCAGCAUGUGGAAAACCUGAGAUCUGAAUGCAAGCAGAUCACUUGUCUUUGGCAUUGAACCCACAGCCUUGUACGUGCUUAGCGUUGCUCUGCUGCUGAACUGUUUCUCCAGCUUCCAAAGCCUUACUGUUAAUCAUCACUGUAUUGCCUUCUAAUUCCUGCCUCCGUCUCCUCAGGGUAUGAAAGCUACCUUUUAAUCAGUCCCUCUGUCUGUUUUCAGUCAUGCUGCUUUCCUGUCCAUUCUGUGCACUGGGACCUCAGACCUCUGCACUGUCUGCAGUCUUCUGUGUUUGAGAGGAAAGCUGAAUGUCUAUUGACUGACAAAGUUCGGUGCAGUUUCUCCCCAGUUGUCUCUCACAGCAAGUUUUCGCAUUACAACUACUGUCACUGCUACUUCCCCUCUACCACACGCAUACUUAGUAUACAUAGGCUAUUAUUUUCAGUGCUGCAUAUAUGUAGGUUUCUUCCAGUUGCCUACAUUUCUCAAGCUCUUCCUCCUGAAAUACCUCCUGUUUCUGUAGAUACCGAAGGAGCUCAAUAUAGAGCUGUUGAAUUGGAAUAUCCUUUAGAACCCAAGGUUGGAAAUUUUAUUUAUUAAACUGAGUUUUUCAGCAUGUACUCAUUGUACAUACACACCUUCACAGUAGAAUCAAGUCUGUAGCUCUGUGUGUGUGUGUGUGUGUGUGUGAGAGAGAGAGAGAGAGAGAGAGAGAGAGAGAGAGAGAGAGGUGGGUGGAGGAGAAGAGAUUGAUUUUAAUUAUGUAAUGAUUGUCAUUAGGUAAUAUAUGCUGAGUUCCAGAAUGUUAAAUGAUUGUCAGGUUUAGGUCAGGGAUAGUGGGCAUCUGAGCCAAGUCAGAUUUAAUGAAGGACUAUUUAUAUUGAAGCUCAAAUUUUUCACUGAUUCAAUAUUGAUGUUUAUGAUUUCUUUAACAACUUUAUUUCUGUUUCCAACUGACAGUACCUACCUUAAUUAGUAUAUUACAUGUUAGCUUUUUAGAAGUAUCACUUGAAGGGUAGACUGAAGAGGACAGCAGUUUUGAGUGGUUGUGGGCAAUGGAACUGCUCUAGGAAGUUAACAGAAAAAAAUUUAGCGAGUUUCUAUGUGGCAUAAAAAUUGUAGAAGACAUUAGAUACAGUUCACAAAUGAACUAUCAAAAAUAAUUCAAGUACCAAGUAAUAAUCAGUACAGAAAUGGUCAGGAAUUGAGACCUUUUAGAAUUUGACUUAUUUCAAGUUUAUUAAAUUUCUGGCCAACAGAUAAAAAUAUUCCGAAUUUAGACAGACAGUUAUAAAUAUGGAAAAGUGUCUUUGAAACAAGAACAACUAAAACGAGUGCAGAAUUAAAACCUUAUUGAAUUGUACCAAUCCAUAGGCAAUUGAUGUGUUUCAGCUUCCUUACUACCUUUUUGUAAACUACUACCUUUCACCUUUUUAGGGCAUUUUCAACUUAAAAAAAAACAAAAAACAAAAAACAAAAAAACACUACUACCUUUAACUUUCUUAGGGCCCAAGAGAUGGCCCACCAGGUAAGGGGACCAUUGCCGAGUCUGAUGACCGAGGUCCACACGGAGGAAGGGGAGGACCGACCUCCUCAGGCUGUCCUCUGACCUCUGUGUGCCUGCUGUGGCACAUGUGUGCCCACACACACUAAUGAAAUCAAUGUGAAAAUAAGAUACUCUCUAAAAUUAUUGCAGUGGAGCUGAGAGAAGUGUGUAAGCAGGAGGAACUGAGUUCGGGUCUGCAGCACCUGCGUAAGGUCUGGAUAUGGCUGACUGCCGCUGUCACCCAUCAUCAAGGGGUGGUGACAGCUGGGUUCAGGCACACGCUGGCCAUCCUUGCCUUUUUCCUUUGGCUUCAAAACUGAUAAAUGUUGGAAGCACUCUGAGAAGAUUAAAAAGUAUUCUUGAAAACUUCCCUCAGUCCAGAAUUCUGUGAAAAGAGGCCAAAUUUUUAGCUACUGAAGGUUUUUACCAGAUCCCUGGCGCUUGCUUUAGUAAAACUGAGAAAAAAAUAAUUUUCAUGGAAAUAAAUAUUUCUUCAUCUGCUUUGAAGGGUGUCGCAGGCGGGGCAUUUGGUGCACAUAAUGCCCACCUGUAGGUCAGGCUUAUGAUCUAGGUACCUUCCAGUGACUUCAGGGAGACAAGGGUCACAUGGAGAUGGAAUUCAUUUCCUCAAGCUGGUUUAUAGAGCUGCAAAUAGGUUUUAAACAUGGCGACUAAAAUUGCUUUCUUUACUACCUGUGUGCGCUCCUUCGGUAGCUGAAAGACUUAGGCUAAAGCCCUGAGUUUCUCAUGGUCGUGUGGUAUCUCACAUCAUUUGUACAGGAGAUACCUGGUGGCUUGAUAGGUCUGCUUCUCAGUUUUCAUGGAAUAGUGGACAUAGACUAUGUUUCUGGGUUCUUGUCUCCCUCUUGACCUCAAACCAAAGUAAACCAGAACUUGGCACAGACACAUUAUGUAAAUAAUCAGAAAGUUAGAUUCCUGUUACUAAGUGGUGGACUUGCCUUUGCUAACACAAGAGGUUGGUGUGCUGUUUCUCUCUGAAAUUCCUAUGAAUGAUAGAUUUGGGACUAGAGAGGGAGAACUGCCCAAAGCACUAGUUGAGGGCUAGGAUAUAUUGUUUUUGUUCUCUUGGUGCCUGACAUAGGAGAACCUCAGUGACAUGAGUGAACUAAGAUGAUCUAAACCCAUGUGAUGCGGUGGGAGAAUUGCCCAGUGCUUAGAAGAGCCUGCUAGUUGGGUUGGGUUUAAGAAUUGCGGUAAGAUCAUUUGAGUUCGGUAAUCCUUUUCCUACUUCUUAGGAGAUAUGUAAAGAUCCGUAUGUAAGAGUGUACACACAUACACACACACAUACAUAUACACUCAGUUUCACUAUGUAUUUCUUGCUGGUCUUGAGUUGCAGUGCAGACCACACUGGCCUUUAAACUUACAGUGCUCAGCCUGCCCCUAGAGUCACCUGUACUGACUUACUGACUUUCACUUCCCUGUUUCUAACAUUUGACACUGACUGAUGUUGUCUUAGAACUUAGACAUUUCUACCUUUUGACAUCUGGACCUAGUGGGGCCCAGAUACACACACACUUUUACGCAGGAUAAUUUAAGGAUAUUUCUUUUUCUAUAUAUAGGCUAGUAUAUAGAUUUUAAACUUGGGUUCUUACCUCAAAGCAAAACAGGAAAGGAAUGGUUCCUGUGCUUUUAUUAAGAUGUUCCAAUGUGUGUUUUAUGAAUUAUAAGCUGUUUCCUAAAACUGAAACUGGCUAUUCAUGUUUUACUGUCCAUUAGCAAGACUUCCAAAGGCUUUGCUCACCUUCUAAUAAGGGGAGCAUUUUUUUAAAAGUUGAAAUGGUUUGCUUUAUAAAAACAAUCUUUCAAAAGAAAUCGAAUAUACUUGGAAUAAAGUUAUUCUCAGCUCUGUAUUCAUAUAGCUACAGUGUAUGGUUUUUCAGAGUAGAAUACUUUGAGUCCUGUAAUUGAAAUUGAGUAUGAACUGGAAUAAAAUUGAUAUUCUUGAGACCUA